GGAUGUCGGACUCUUAAUUUGGCAAACACGUGUAUUUAUUUAUUUAUUUAUUGACUCUUUAAACCCGGAUAUCUCUAUAUUUUUAAAUUAUGUCUUCGCUGUCGAAAGCUUCAUGAUUAUGAUCAUCAUAAAUGAUCCUGAUGGACCUGAAAGUAGGCUUUUAUAAGAAACAGCUGGAAGACGGAAUAAAGGGAAUAAAGGGGAAUGAGAGUGAUCUGAAGAGGUUGUUGCAGAUGCAUUUAUCCCAAAAAGAGUUUCUGAUUCAUUUGCAGCUAAAAGAUCAUUAUGCAGGCUGUAAAAAUGCCUCUGACAGUGAAAGUGGACAUUAAUGUGUUGCUGGUUGCAGCCACAGCCUUUGGCCUCCUGACCAGACUGUAUGGCAUUCAGUUCCCCAGAGCUGUGGUCUUCGACGAGGUUUACUAUGGCCAAUUUGUGUCUCUGUACAUGAAGAGGGUGUUUUUCAUUGAUGAGAGUGGACCACCUUUAGGACACAUGAUCCUGGCACUAGGAGGUUAUCUAGGGGGAUUUGAUGGUAAUUUUGUCUGGAACAGAAUUGGAGCAGAAUACACCAGUAAUGUUCCUGUCUGGACUCUCCGUCUAAUACCUGCUUUGGCCGGGUCCUUUUGCGUGCCCCUUGCCUACCUCAUCACAGUGGAGCUGGGAUGUUCUCACUUUACUGCACUCGCAGCUUCUGUGCUGCUCAUUCUGGAGAACUCGUUGAUUGUGCAGUCUCGCUUCAUGCUCCUGGAGUCAGUGCUUAUCUUUUUCUUGCUGCUUGCUGUUGUAUCUUACCUGCGCUUCCACAAUGCACCAAACAGUUCUUUAAGCAGAUGGUUGUGGCUUGUCAUCUCUGGAGCCAGUUGCACAUUUGCAAUAGGAGUGAAGUAUAUGGGCCUUUUCACCUACUUGCUGCUACUCGGUCUGGUUGCAGUUCACACCUGGCAUGUUAUUGGCGAUAAAACAUUAAGCAAUGGGAAAGUGUUCCUACAGGUGGUGGCUCGUUUCCUCUCCCUUGUUGUGCUCCCAAUUUUCCUGUAUUUGGGGUUUUUCUACAUACAUCUGUCUCUACUGCACCGCAGUGGACCACAUGACCAGCUGAUGAGUAGCGCUUUUCAAGCCAGUCUAGAGGGUGGUUUGGCCAGGAUCACUCAGGGUCAGCCUCUGGAGGUGGCGUUUGGUUCCCAGGUGACUCUUCGUAGUGUGUCCAGUAAACCUGUUCCAUGCUGGCUUCAUUCUCACAAGGCCAACUAUCCAAUCAGAUAUGAAAAUGGGCGUGGCAGCUCGCACCAGCAGCAGGUGACCUGCUACCCUUUCAAAGAUGUCAACAACUGGUGGAUUAUCAAAGAGCCAAGAAAGCAGAGCCUCGUGGUGAGCAGUCCACCCAAACCCGUCAGACACGGCGAUAUUAUACAGCUGCUGCAUGGCAUGACCUCACGAUUCCUCAACACGCAUGAUGUUGCAGCUCCUUUGAGUCCUCACUGUCAGGAAGUAUCUGGCUACAUUGACUUUAAUGUGUCCAUGCCAGCUCAGAAUCUCUGGAGAGUGGACAUUACAAACCGUGAGUCUGACCGAGACGUGUGGAAGACUAUUCUGUCAGAAGUGCAACUAAUCCAUGUCAACACUUCUGCAGUUCUAAAGCUCAGUGGAGCCUCUCUUCCAGAAUGGGGGUUUCAUCAGUUGGAAGUGGUGGGUGAUAAGAUCUAUAAAGGCUACCAGCAGAGUGGUGUGUGGAACGUUGAAGAACAUCGCUAUGGCAGAAGUCAGGAACAGCGGGAGAGAGAAGUUGAACUCAAGUCUCCUACUAACAUUGACUUCAGCAGAAAUCUCACGUUUAUGGCCAAGUUCAUGGAACUGCAGUGGAAGAUGCUGGCUGUCAGAAAUGAAGAGUCCGAACACAAAUACAGCUCCUUACCAAUGGAAUGGAUCACAAUGGGUUCCAAUAUCGCAUACUGGCUUCAUCCAUCAAGUAAUGCCCAAAUACACUUGAUAGGAAACGCAGUCACCUGGACACUGGCAAACCUGGCACUUCUCGUUUACAUGGUCCUGUUUCUAACUUAUCUGCUGAGGCGAAGGCGGAAAAUUGAUGACAUCCCCGAAGCCUCUUGGGAGCAGCUGGUGCUUGCAGGUGUGGUGUGCGCUGGAGGAUGGGCUGUUAAUUACCUUCCUUUUUUUCUAAUGGAGAAGACACUGUUUUUGUACCACUAUCUCCCAGCUCUCACUUUUCAAAUCCUGCUGAUCCCUGUUGUUGUGGAGCACCUGUACACUCAUACACUGAGAUCUUCCGGUUAUCAGAAAGCAUUUGUUGGAGUAAUCCUGGCAGCUUUGUGCUCGGUCUAUAUUUGCUAUCACACCUUCAGUCCCCUCACAUACGGUCAGCCUGAGCUCACCUCAGAGCAGCUGAACACACUGCGAUGGAGAGACAGCUGGGAUAUACUAUUCCAUAAACGCUGAUCUUUCCUUCUCUCCUCUCUAAACACUAAUGUUUUUCUGAGAACACACAACACAACUGAAACGAAGAGAUAAUUCUGAGCUGUAGAAUGAGGCGUCAAAUCAUGGUUUUAUGAGAAUGUGCUUAAGAUGCUUUAUGUUUUAUAAUAAGUACAAAAAAAAAUAAACUAUGAGCUAAAAUA